UUCCCCCUAUUUAUUUUCUUCCUCUUCCUUCUGUCCCCCAACCCAAGCACCGUAACUUCUAUGGAUUGUGAUAAUGGCGAUAGAACAGCCAGCCUUGCUCAAAAUUAAGGAGUCCCUUGGGAACCCACUCGAGCUCUCCACCUGGGUCCCCGCCGCCAACUGCUGCAACUGGAGUAACCUCUAUUGCACGGAGUCCGCCCGGGUCUACAACGUUUACCUCUCUGCCGUCAACAUCUCCGCCCAAGUCCCGUCGGCCAUCGGCGACCUCUCCGCCCUCCAAUCCCUAUCGUUCGACACCAUGCUAGGCCUCAGCGGCCCCAUCCCUCCCUCCUUCGCCAAGCUCUCUAGCCUCGAGCUCCUCCAGAUCAGCGACACCUCCAUCUCCGGCCCUGUCCCUGCCUUCCUCUCCAGCACCAAUCUCAGCGCCCUCAUCCUCUCCAACAACAAGCUCUCCGGCCCCAUUCCUUCCGCCCUUAGUAGCCUUUCCAACCUCCGCUACUUGGAUCUCAGCGGCAAUCGCCUCACGGGAUCUAUACCGCCAGGCUUGCUACAUGGAGAGUUUCGCUUCCUCAUUCUCUCCCACAACCAGCUAACCGGCGAGAUUCCUCCAUCCUACGGCGACGGCGACGUCGACACCAUCGAUCUGGGCCACAACCAGCUCACCGGAGACCCGUCGUUUUUGUUCAGCGCCGUGAAGCCGAUGACCAAGAUCGACUUGUCGUGGAACGAGCUGGAGUUCGACAUGACUCGCGUUGUGUUCCCCAGGCAUCUAACGAAAUUGGACCUGAGCCACAACCGGAUCCGGGGGAGGGUGUCCAAGUCGCUCAUGGACCUGAACCAACUCAAGGAGCUGAAUCUAACCUACAACCAGCUGUGUGGAGAGAUUCCCACCGGGAGGGCGAUGGCGCGGCACGGCGCGGAGUGCUACCUCACAAUAAGUGCCUCUGCGGAACGCCACUUCGGCCGUGUCACAAAGCCCGGCGAAGCUGAGGCAAAUGGUCAAAGUAAAAGUCAAUCGUGCUAAAUUGUCAAACUUGAUUGCAUUUCUUUGUCUUCUCUUCGGUGCGUGCGCAUGCGCCUUUCCUUAUGUAGCGUUAUUUCAUCGUGCACUCCACGUAAAAUAACAUGCAUCA